CGGCAGUGUAGAACUAGAACUUGAUUUUCUAAAACUCGUCAAUUAAUUAGGCCGGUUUAGACAAUAAGUGAGCAUAACUGCAAUUUGGAUGCCUAGUUUAAUCUGAAGAACUAUUUUGAUUGCCCGUCUUCAAAUCAACAAUGUCACUCCCGCCAGAAAAAAUCACCGAGUUGAAGCAGAUUAUUCACAACCAGCUGAAUCAGAUGGAUGUUCAAACCCGCAUCCGCGAUGUUCUCUCGACCUCCCUACUGGACGAGAGUCACGGAGCACCCGCAAAUGAGUUCGGGGAGCGAGAAUUACUAGACGUCCUGCGUGACCAGGGCAUCAUUGAGGAGGUCAUGAGUCAGUUGCAGUUCAGUGGAGCCGUGGGGUUGCCCUCCAGGCCUAGGGCGGCUCCCCAGGAACCCAAACCUGCUAGCCAUUUCCCGGACAAGCAGGACAAGGUCAUGGGUGUUCCACUCAAGAAAGCCAACAUUGACCCCACCAGACGCUACCUCUACCUCCAAGUUCUCAGCGGCAAAGCCUUCCUAGAGCACCUCCAGGAGCCAGAGCCGUUGCCUGGCCAGACCACCUCUACCUUCCUGCUUCAUGUUCACUUCCGUGGGCAGCGCUUCAGAUCCCGUCCUGUACCCUGUGCCUGCGAGCCAGACUUCCGGGAGGGCUUUCUGCUGGAGCUUCAUAAAGAAAGCGGAGGUGAUGCCUCAAGGAUGUUGGACGCUGCCUCCAUGCUCUCCAUCUGUGACCCAGUCCAUCUUGUACUGGUCAAGACAGACCCGUCCGGCGACACCAGUCUGGUUUCCUCACACCUCCUGCAGUGGCGCACUGUGUUGAGCUCCCAGGGUGCCAGACAGACCAUCGCAGUGGAACUCCUGGGCUUAGGAGCGGAGAGUAAAGUACCAGUGGGUAUGUUAGAGGUGAAACUAGAACUCCUACCAACACCCAGCCAGCAACUAACGGGAGAGGUCAUCACCACACAGAUAAAUCUGGAGCGAAGUCGGACCUCAGAACGCGAGAGACUGUUCCUAGUUUAUGCCAAGCAGUGGUGGAGGGAGUUCCUACAGAUCAGACCAUCCCACCAAAACAGACUGGUCAAAAUAUUUGCACAGGAUGAGAAUGCCACCAAUCGUCCAGUCUGUGCCUUUGUCAAACCUCUGCGAGCUGGGCGCCUGCUGGACACGCCACGCCAGGCUGCCCGAUUCAUCAGCGUGAUUGGAUACGAACAAGCACCGGCAGUGGGCGGGGGCCAGCCCAGGGAGCAGUGGAGCAGUACCCAUGCAUUUCUCUGCAAGAAUAAAGGGGAUUGUGAGGACCAUGCUGUAUUGCUGUGCAGUCUGCUUCUAGGCUUUGGACUGGAUGCCUACGUCUGUGUAGGAACCAAGGCCAAAGGAGCCGCGCAUACCUGGGUCGUGACGCUCGGAGUGGAUGGACUGGUAACAUUCUGGGAAAGUCUAACAGGCCAUAGGUACAUCCACCAGCCAAUCAACCCCAACGAUCCACCAAUAGUGGAUCAACCACGCCCUCAGUAUCCCUACCGCACCAUCGGAUGUGUCUUCAAUCACCAAAGAUUCUAUGCAAACAGUCAGCCAUCAGAUAAUGCAGAGGUCUGCCGUUUUGACUUCCAUGACGAGUCCCUGUGGAAGGCUAUGAGCGUCGAUGCCAUCCAGUCAGUCUGUGGCUCUGGUAGCCAGGCUACAUGGCCCAAUCUGCCCCCGUUAGUUCCCUCGUCAUUCGAUGCUGCCUUACUGAGCAAUGAGAUUGAGCUGUCACUCAGAAGUCUGGUUUCGGACCACAGGAAGGAUCUCGGCCUGACCUGCAUCUGGGAUCCGGAGCUCUCCUACUUGCUGACGCCAGCCCUAGCCGCCUAUGAGCUAGAGCGCUCCACCGGCGUGGUAGCAGGCAACGAGGAGUUCCAGCAGGCGAUACGCCGCGCUGUGCCCGACGGUCACACCUUCAAGGGAUUCCCCAUACAGUUUGUGCAUCGGAAUGCCAGGCGAGCUUUUGCUGCAUGUCUGAGGUCAUCUGUGUGUGAGGAAAUAAUCUGUUGCCGUGGCGACCACGUCAAGCUUGCCGUGCGGGUCCGUGUCUACACCUACCCAGAGUCGGCCUGCGCUGUGUGGAUUAUGUUUGCUUGCAAAUACAAGUCUGUACUCUGAGGUCAAAACUCAGCAGCAGGACUUCUCGACGUUACACAAGCUGCUAAUUUGAUCCAAAUCUGGUUUGAUUUCCAUGUCCUUAUACCACGUGGAUCCAUUCUCAGUUCAGUAACAGAUAUGCACGCUGGCCGUGGAGGACUCUGAAUAAGUAGAGGGAUGCCAAAUGGUGCGGUUUUGCCCAGGUCUAACGCAGAGAUUUGAUGUAGUGUCAAUAUGCCUAUGGAGUGGUGAAACAAUGCUCUUAAUGAUUUCUGUAUUAUUGAGUGCAUGUGUAACUUGGAAAAAUGACCAAGUUGGGGAACUUGCACAAGCGAAGUAGCAAAAUGUGUCUCGGAAUAUUUUUGGGAAAAGUCGCUAGGAAAUUGAACUAACCAGAGACAGGAAAAACAAAUACCACAGUAAAACAAAGCAGAGAGCAUUGAAAAGAAUGUAUUUACUAAAACUUCAAGACUAAAGAAACUAAAGCAAGAUCCAAUACCAUUACUGCCCCAAAAUUAAUGAAAAACCAAGACAAAAACUGAAACUUAAAAACAAAAUCAGCAGAAACAAAAAGGAAUAAAAACAGUCUAAUUAUUCUUCCCACGGGGCUUAUACAUAUACUGAAAUAAUGUCAGCCUACCAUCAU